AUGGAGAUCCACUCGGUGCUACCAGAGGAGCGGGCGCGAGACCCAAAAGGCGACCCCUUGCCCUGGGGCUACCGCUACGCAGACUCCUCGCGCAAUGCCCGCCAACAAGUCGAAGAGUCCGGUCCCUUCGGACGAAACAGGAGUAUACGAUCGACCGCGUCGCGGACCCCGCGCGCCAGAACCGGCACCACGCCCGUCCGGCAGAAGGAGAACAGCGCAGUCGCCGAGUUCGGAAGGCUCUUCGCGAAAGAACAGGCCGAAGAAGAGAGGCGGAAACCUGCUGCGUCCAAGCCCGUUUCGGCGGACGAGGUAGCCGCGGCGGAACGACCGAUACAGCCCGAAGCCGUGCCCACGGAAUGUUUGCUCUAUGGCUACGCGGGCAAGCAAUCCGAGUGGAAGGUGCUGUCCAAGUUCGAGAGGAUUGUCUGCCCGGGGAUCAUCUGCGAGGACUACCCGCGCGAAGACCCGAAUCUGUUCCUGUCCUCGAACUCGCCGCUCGGCUUCUCGCGGGCGUCCGUGGUGGUUCAUCAGAAUCUCAGUCGCGAGGCGAUCAGGAAGAGCAGGAUAUACCAUGGCGGCAACCAUUGGAUCAAGGUCACAUUUGAUUCGUACCAGGCCGCGGAACGGGCGUGCUUCUACAGCCCCAUCGAGAUUGAUGGGCAUAUGGUCCACUGCGAGAUGUGGCAGGGGCGAGGUCCCGCCGGGGAUGCUCCCAUUCUAGCUGGCCCGGCCUGGGGUGCUGAGAAGGCAGAUUUACUACAGCCGCAAUUAUCGCCGCGGAAAAGGGGGGACCCUGGACGCAGCAGACCGAGAACGCUGAGUUCGGCGCAGGGGACGCGCGCAAUCUCGGGCAAAGAAUCGGCCCUCGCGGGCUUCGAGCGAGCUCUGCAGACCCUGCCGAGAUCUCAUACCAUGCCGGAUGUACAGUACGGUCAGCCUGACGACGAGGACGACGCCUCCUGGGACUCCACGACCGCCUCUUCAGCAACUGCCACCGGGAUCGACGAGGCUCCUCAGGCAUUCCAACAGCAAUUAAGCCCCACCACGCCACAGCAAGGUCUGCGCUCUCGCUCCGUGCCCCAGCUGCCAAGCCAGGACCGCUCUCUCAUCCAGCACAACAACUCGGAAUACAUGACGCACAUCACGUCCGUCAAGAAGGCCAGAUUACGACCCAUCUCCGAGGCCCUCCCCCCGCAGCCGACGUUCGCAGAGCGCGUCUUGAGGAGCUUGCCGAUCGUGUCGUACUUUGUGUCUAGCAGCAGCACGACCACGGCCCUAGCAGGCACGGUGCCAGGAGUUGCUGGGAAAGAAGCGCAGAGGAAAGGGGACGUCAUUGGAGAAGGGCCCUUGUUAAAGGAUGACGGCACUUGGGAUCCGGGGAAUGGCUGGUAUUGGAGCUUUUGGCACGGUGUUGAUGGCUGGUUUGGGACGGAUUUCUGCGGGUUGAAGGAUGACUGA